AUGGUAUGUCUUUGUCAUUAUCGUAGGGUCAAAAAAAUUUUCCUCGUAAUUGAACAUAGUUCUAGGCGUAUCCCGGCUGGAUUAGUAAUACAGUUGAGCAUGGCCGAGCUCCGCUCUUCGUCAUGUACGGUGGCCAGGUUCUACUGUAUGUUGUGAUGCUGGCACCGGCCCUUUUCUAUGGAGUUCCAGGUAGGCCAAAAGCUCUUUUAGGCUUUUUUUGCAAUACUAUCAAAUGUAAUGGUCGACUUUAUAGAAUAUAGAAAGGUUUAUUAGAGAAUAAUUACAAGAGAAUUACAAGAGCAUUAAGAGAGGGGAAGCGCUUCCUCGAAUGAUUUCGAGGGCGGCUUAUAUAUUAUAGUAGAUUGGGUUGUUGUAGUUUGGGUUGCACACAUUCCAAACUUGGUUUUUAUGAACUCAGUUUCUGCUGAGUCACUUUGUGUCCUCAUCCGGUUUCGCAAUCCGGAAGCCAUCGAUCUUAUUUCUUCAUUGUUUGACGCACGUAAUGCGCGUGGUCAUUAAUCUUGAACUCCUUGGGCGUGGUCUCCUUUGACCACUCCAUUCGUAGUGUAGCGGCGGUGUUCACGUGGUUUCCGCACGGCUUCCAUUAUUUGAUCAUUACACAAAUGCCCUUCUCUUGAAGCCCAAUAAAAACUCGAUGCUUUCAGAUCCAGCUCUCGAAGACGAGGCCAUACGACAGCAGAUCCCUCAAUUGUACGGAACCAAACUUCUCACGGAAAUUGGCUGGCAUUGUGAGCCACAUCCGGCGCCAGCGAGGAAAUUCGCUCUCGUCGGGUUCAUUCUGAACGUAAUGUUCUUUUUCAUUGGCCUAAUCUUUUAUUCGGUUCUGUUCAAACGUGUGUUGGUCAGCAAACCUGCCGGGGUUGCCGCAAGAAACACGCAAAGAAUGCAUUUGAUGCUGUUCAGGGCAGUAUCCGCUCAACUUUUUAUCGCCAGCUCCAUGCUGCUUCUGCCCAGUGCCACAAUCCUAUUGGCCUACUACACUGAAUGGGAGGAAGGGACCACUCUCUCUUCCGGCUGUAUUUUCUUGAUCCAGCUUCACGGAUGCUUUGACUUUAUCGCCAUGAUCUGCUUUAUCACUCCAUACCGAAGGAAGCUGCAGCAGAUUUUUAUGAAGUCGCCGAAAGUGGGCAGUCAGUAUAGAAAUUAUCGGACGAACAGUGUCAACGAGCUUGAAAAAAGAGGAGGCCUUAAUGCCAUCGCAAACUUUCCUAUGUAUAGAAAAUGAUGGGAGUUCACAGCUGCGCAAUAAAUCUUACCUGAAGAUAAUUGCAAAUAAAUUGACGAACAGUGUAUACUAAUUUCAUCGUGUUUACUAACAUAAGACAAUGCUACGUACGUAGAAAACACAUAGAGGUAUUAGGUUGAUACAAAAGUUUUUACACAUUUUUUUGAGACACUUCAAAAUAAAAUUCCUAGAGCCUGAUUGAAUGUACGUUAAAACUGAAAGCAUAGAUGUAUGGGGCAGAACAUUGCAAAAUUUUUGAUUCGUGGCAUUUUAUUUUCUACAAGCUUCCUUUCAGAAUAUUUCAAAAAUACUAAAAAUUUCUCCGUUUGUGUCAUCGUGAAUAUCCUGGGCCCUAGCAAUUUUCCAGCCCACUAAAAAGUCUCGGGUUUUGGGUUAUUCGUACUGGGGAUGGCUGUAGUUUCUUCUGAAUUUAUUGCUCUACUUAUAUCUACACUGACAUUUUUUGUAGCAUCCCAUAAAGUUGGCCGGAGAGCCGAGCUACCGAUCAAAAGCAGAUUUUUAAAAAUUUUUUGAAAGGAGUUAGAUUUUUUUGACUCGGCUGCCAUUCAGGUUGUACAAAGACAGUAUGCUGAUGAUACAUUCGAAAAGUCACCAACUGAAAUUGCCUUAUAAGGUAGAAAAGUAGCAUAAACUGCACUUUUAGGCGAAUUUUUGUAAUUUUUUUACUGGUAGGGCAAGAGGACCUUCAGCUUAGCGCGUCUAGCAACUGAUAGUGUAUGUCAAGUAGGAUCAAUUAUUUAUUAAAUAACUAGGAUACCGGGCGAGAGUAAUGAACAGAAAACGUUUUUGUAAAAAUCCCCUAAAUUUCGUAAAAUAUUGGUAGAUUAAAAAGAUUCGAUUUUUCUGCCGCAUAGCUAAAGCUAGCGCGAAUGUUUAGCAUUGGCGUUGUAGUGCUACUCAUACACUACAAUAACAGAAAGCGUUAUCUCUUAGUGCUUCUAAUAGCUGCGUCUACAGGGUCUACUUUUGCCAGACCCUAAUUUUUGAUUUUUCGCACUAAAAAUUUUUCGACUAGCCCUAUAGCAAAUUGUCCUCGAUGCCAUAGAGAUUACAUACAGGCAUACCAUAUUCUAGAAUAUUAAGAAGAUACAGCCACUCUAGACGUAACGCCGGUGGUUUACUUUUUCUUCCUUCGAGUAGUUAAGGUUUAACACGGCGCUACUACUACAAAUUGCUAAGUUGUAAAAAGUUAUUAAUCUACUAUAAUCUACAAACAGCCCUCUUUCUAACAAGAUAUAUAUCAGGCCCACUGGCCUUGGUCUAAAUUUUUUAAACUUUUUUAAAGACAUGUGUAAAAACUUUUGUAUCAACCUAAUAUAAUCACAAAAACCAACUAGCCAUAUUUUUUUUACAUUCCAAAUAUGACUUGUCCAGUUUGAAGAAUUCUUUGCGUGACUGUGCGUGAGCUCUUGCUAACACGUCCAAAAGAAGUAUUUGACGAACUACAGUGAGGCACCUGAUCCAAUGGCAAACACGUUUCAUUUUGCAUCCCGGAAUGGAUCAAAAUCGCGCCCUUUCCUUCAAGGCGGGCUCUUCAAAGCGGGUUUUUUUAGCUUAGAAAAGGGAAGGGUUUGGAGACAUUUUGCUCCCUUCCUCGAUGCAAAGUGAGACGUUUUUUGCCAUUGGAUCCGGUCCCUCACUGUAAACCGUUUGCAAACGGUUUAGAAAAUCACGUCGGUGGAGUGAUUUUUGCCACAUACACUGAAGUGGGGCUGAACGUUGAAGGGGAGUCGGAGGACGUUUAGACCACAAAUCGUUGGGAACAAGUACACACACAUGAACACAACUCUCUUUUAUUCACGUCAACGGAACAACCGAAGAAGAUAAUGACCUAAUUGGUGAUAAAGUGUUCCUUUUAUUUAACUCCAUUUAUGCUAAUUUCCGUGGGAAUUGUGGAGACUUUUGAGGCUCCACGACAUACACUAUGAGAAAAAAACAAAAGUUCACCUGAACUGUGCAACUUUUUGCAUUUUGCAUCAUGCAAUAGGCUUUGUUCGGGUGUCGCAUAGUGACUUCUCUUGCACACGCAUGUUGUAGAAAUCACUCGAGCUACUUUACGAACUCACUAGUAAAGAAGUUCGAUGACUUCAAAAACUAAAGUUUUCUGCUGUGUCAAAAUAAUUGUCGAAUUUUGGUUCGUCCAAUUUUUUCGUCAUCCCUUUGCUGGGCCAAGUUGGGCGGGCUGACAUUUUGCCCACUAGCCACGUAGGCACAGGUGAACAUGUUUUUAUAUUUUUGGACGUUUGUUUUUUUAAUAAGUUGCUCUUUGCGCUGUUCAUUUUGCAGUUCUUCAACAGAGGAGAAUUAGACUUCAUCCAUGAUCUCUAUCGACUAUCCUGCGCUGAUUACAAGCUUUGUAUUGCCAACUGUCACUCUUAUUGAGACACUGGUGGCCCCUUUGAUCAUCUACCUCGCUUUGUAUCACUCAAAGCAGAUGAAAAGAUUCCGGUUCUUGAUUAUCAAUAAUGUUGCCAGCAGUUGUCUAUUCAAUUGGGCCCUAUACCUGCUGCAGCCUGUGUUCAUGUAUCCGACAACCUGCAUUAUUACAUAUCGAAGUUUUCUACAUGCACCAUAUCUGACUAGAAAUUUGCUGAAUUUAUUUGUGAUUCUGUUCGUAAAAGUCGGACUGGCGGUAGUUUGGGAGCUGCAUUAUCGAUUUUUCAUGGUAAGCAAACGCUGGAAGAUUCCAAAAAAUAUUGGAAAGGGCUCAUAUAGGGAUAAAAGUUGCAGCAAAAAAGACGACUGAUUCUAUACAUAGAUGGCGAUUUUUUGCAGUUUUCCGAUCUCUGUCGUUUUUCGAGAGCAAAGACUGUUAUCCCGUAUUCCGAUUAUUAACCUAUGUUCCAGGUGAUAAAGCCACCUAAAUGUAUAAAUUAUGAGUGACAUAUGCAAUAAUCAUACCAAAGUUUUUAGUGAUGUAACACGCAUAAUCAUAAUAAAAAACAGGCUCUAACUCAAAAUGUCAGUCUGUCGGGAAAAAAGUGGCGUCACGCCUUAGAAUCGCCCAUCGUUUUAGCGACAGCCAAAAAUUGCACAGUUCAAGAUUCACUUCCAUUUCAUAUCGCAAAAAUAACUCUAGCGACUUUGCGAACAAGCUAGUAAAUAAAUUCUCCAUUCUUUCAGGUAUUCCCAGGGGUUCUCAGUGACCUUGCAGAGUCGUCCAAGGGAGCAAUAAUUUUUGUUGCUCUCUUUGAAGUAGUCUCCUUCGUCCUGGCAAUCAAUCCAGUGGAACUGUUCAACAUUCCAGGUAAGUUGCCCAUAUUCUCAAUACUUUCCGUGAGCUUCAUAAAAAUCAACGCACGUCAAACUGAGAUAAGCUAAAAUGGCUCGGUGAAUGAAUUGGCAAUUCGCCAAAAAUAGACUCGAAAAAACGUUCAGUCGGGGAAGAAAUGGGGAGUUUUUGCGGCGAAAGAGUACGUUUUUCUCUGACUUCUCUGUGAAAUCAAGACGAAGUGUAAAAAACCGAUAGCAAAAUGUCUACUCCGGUCAUCGGACUCCUCACACGGGAAGAACCCCAAGUGCGACGCUCAGAUUUUCUUUAAAUUUUGCACACACGUCGGGAAAAGGCUUUUUAGCCAUAACUUUGGCAGUUUCGCGCGGAAAAAAUUAUUAUUUUUUGUGGAAACAUUACCCUUCAUGGUAGAAAUAGGCAUGUAACUUUCCGUGCCGAAAUUCGGCAAGAAGUCCUAAAUUUUAGCCAACUGUCGAUCUAAAAAUCUCGGCUGUUUCUGCAAAGCGCGAGCUGGGAUUCUAGCAUGUAUUUUAGAAAAAAUUGCUCUAAAUCUGUGCCAAGUCUAAUCAAAAUCUGAGCGUCGCACUUGGUGUACUUCCCCUGUCAGUUUGACCUGCCAAGUGUCCUAAACAUCCUGAACGCUGACAAAUUCCAGACCCAGAGCAAGACAGACAAUACUUCAUAGAACAGCUGCCCGAAUUGCGGGAACUUGAACCAGUCCUCGGGUAUGCGUGCAAAGCCACAACAGCAGCUAAUCAAGCCUGGGGCGUGAUCGGAUUUGGGGUCAUGAUGGUGCUGUUCUUGUACGGCGUGGUAAUGGAAUUCAUCAUAUACUUUCGAGUCACAUACUACCUCCCGCGGAUAACCUCGAUGACAAAUUCUAUACGCAUGCAGAGGAUGUUGUUUACGGUAAGUUUAGAGGCGAGGGAAAUGGUUUGUCAUUUCUCUAUUGAAGAGAACACAAGUUUUAGAAGCAAAUCACACAAAUUUUACGGAGUUUUAUUCCAUUUCCGCCGCUUGGUACAGUAAAUUUUUGAGUAGCCCAAAAUUAACUGCAACAACGCAAGCUGACAUUUCCAGAAAUAACACCUGCAUAGAUAAAUAUCAUUGUCAGCCGAAAACAACUGACAAUAAAAGCCUUUGACAUUUUUUACGUUCUCCUUGAACGCAAUGUUUUUCAGGCGUUGACCGCUCAGUUCAUCGUUAGUUGCAUCUUCCUCCUCUUCCCCACAGCCCUAAUCACGUUAACGGCGGGCUCGGCAUCACCCGACGGCCGCACAAUCUUUGCAAUCUGCCUGACAUUGGUGCAACUGCAUGGCUGCAUCGACUUCAUUGCAAUGAUCUACUUUAUCACUCCGUAUCGCAGAAAGGUCAUGGGAAUUAUGGGAGGAAGGCGCUCAGUCUUUGUAAAUCCUAUUAGUACUACCUCUGGCAAGAGAACGUUGGCAUAA